AUGGGUGGCGGUGGCCUUGGCGGCAUGGGAGGCAUGGGUGGCUUCGGAGCUACCAUGGGCGGCAUGGCUGCCAUGGGUGGCUUUGGAGCUACCAUGGAGACCAUGGGAGGCAUGGGUGGCUUCGGAGCACCUCCGGGAGGCAUGGCCGGCAUGGGAGGCAUGAGUUUUGCGUCUCUCAUGGGAGGCAUGGGUGCACCUCCGGGUGCCAUGGGCAGAAUGUCUUCCGGUGUGCCUCACACACCUUCGCAUGAAGAUGCCGUUGAACAUCUUGCCAACAUCUUCAGAGCUUCACGUGAUGAGGAUGCGGCGCGCGGCAAUGAAGAGGAGGAGGAAGAAUCGUCUUCGGAGGAGUCAGAUGAAUCGGAGGAAGAUGAGGAUGAAGACGAGGACGAGGCUUGA